AUGGGCCUCAUCGGCGACCUCGUUUCCGAAUUCACCCACUCCGGGCAGCAGCAGCAGCCUCAAGAAUCGUACGGCGGCAGCAGUGGCGGCUACGGGCAACAGCCGCCCUACGUCCAGCCGCCGUGGGUCGCGCGCUGGGACGGCGAGGCCGGCCGCUGGAUCUUCAUCAACGAGCAGACGGGCGCCCGCACCUUUGAACACCCGGGCAGCAGCUACCAAGGGUCUGGCUACUACCAGGGCGGCCCUCCGCCGAGCCAGGGCUAUGGCGGCGGCUACGGCAACGGCGGCUAUGGCGGCAACGAACGCGUCGAGUACGUCGAAGAGAAGUCAAGCGGCGGCAACGGCUUGAUGUACGGCGCCAUCGGCGCGGCGGCAGGCCUGGCUGGCGGCGCGCUGUUGAUGCACGAGGGCGAGAAAGUGGCCGAAGACUGGGACGAGGACAAGGCCCGCCUCGAGCAAAAGGUCGAUCAUGCAGAGCAGAACGUUGAGGAUUUCCCUGAGGACGCGGCGCGCUGGACGGGUGAGGCCGUCGGUCACGUCGAGAACAUCCCCGACGACGUCGAGCAGGGCUGGGACCGCGCCGAGAACCGCGUGGAGCAGGGCUGGGACAACGCCGAAAACAACGUCGAACAAGGCUGGGACAAUGCCGAGAAUAACAUCGAGCAAGGCUGGGACCGCGCCGAGAACAACGUCGAGCAAGGUUGGGACAACACCGUCGAGGCGGUCGAGGAUGCGCCCGAGAACGCGGCCGAAUGGGUGGGCGAGGGCGUCGGCAAGGUCGAGCGGUUUGGUGACGACGUUGAGAACUACGGGGAUAGCUUGGAGGCGAGCUACGAUGAAGGUAGGGACGAGGCGAGGUAUGAUGACUACUAG